CUUCCCCUCCAGGCCCAACUGGUUCCUGGGAGGAGGGGACGGGGCUGGGCGGGCCCCAGGGAGGUUUCCAGGAACCCAGUUUCACUUCCAAGGCUUCAGCUCACUCUGCUGCUCCCGUCUGCUCAGACGACUGGCCCCAGCCCACAAGACAGUCUCACUUCGCUCCCUGGGACCAAGCCUCUGCCCUCCGGUGCCCACGGUCACGGUCACGGUCAAGCCCUGCGGCACGUUGCCCGACCCCCACUUCUGGGAAGCAUGCCGUCGGCCUUCGAAAGCGUGGUCCGCAGCGUGGUCCGCGAGCUGGACAGCAGCCGGGAGCUCACCCCCGUGGCCAGCCUCCACAGCUCCUCCAGCUUCCGGCCCUACUGCCUGCUGCACAGGAAGCCCUCCCGCUCCCUGUUCUGGAAGUCUCGGUACCUGUGCACCAACCUGUCAAUCAAAGACAUCCUGGAGCCUGAGGCCCCGGAGCCAGAUGCGGAGUGCAGCGCCUGCUUCCACUUCGACGAUGUCGUGGAUGCGCGGGUUCAGGGCAGUGUGGAGCUGGCGGGCCCCGGGCCGGGGAGGAUCGCGGGCGAGGCUGCUGUCUCCGGCAGCAGCAGCAGCUCCAUGAAAGUGUGCAGGCUGCGAGUGGGCACGAGCACCUUGGAGGCCAUGCUCCGCAGCAGGCGCCUGCGGCAGCCGGAACCCAAAAUCCUGCAGCAGCUGCGCCGUUGUGGGGACAACGUGUACGUGGUGACUGAGGUGCUACAGACGCAGCAGGAGGUGCAGGUCACCCAGGCCCGCAAGCAGGAGGGCUCAGGCCAGUUCACACUGUCUGCAGCCGUGCACUUGCAGGGCAAGGGCCAGGGCCACCUGAACCGGAAGAAGAUGGUCACCAUCCCCGCAGGCAGCGUCCUCGCCUUCCGGGUGGCCCAGCUGGUCAUUGGCUCUGACUGGGACAUCCUCUUCCUCCCAGAGAAGCGGAAGACGUUCCAGCCGCUCCCCUCAGGUGACAAGCCACGGAGCUCCGGUGAUAUUGUAUUGCAUUCCUGGGUAUCCAACUUUGAGGCAGACGGGCCGGCUGAGUGCCCGGUGCUCACGGAAGACUUCCAGGGCCUUCGGGCAGAGGUGGAGGCCAAGCUGCUGCAGCUCGAGUGCUUGGACGGGAGGCUGAGCCGGAAGCUGCUGGGGGGCCUGGCGACGUUGCUGCGGGACCACCAGGCCCUGGGGGCCCUGGAGUCGCUGCUGGAGCAGGGCCUGAGCCGCGAGGAGCCGCAGCCCCAGGACGGUCCAGCCAGAGCCGUGUUCGAGUGCCUGCCACGUGCCUCCGGGGCGCUGGUGCUGGAGGUCGUCAACCCCGUCUUCUACCUGGUCGGGGCACUGACCGUGCUGAGCGGAACUCAGCAGGAGCUGCUGGCCCAGGCGCUGGAGACAGGGGCCCUGGUGGGGCAGCUGGAGCUGGUGGGGAGCUUCCUGGAGCAGAGUGUCCCCUGGGAGGAGCGCAGGACAGUGCCCCUGCCCCCCAGGCUCUUGGGGAGCAGCUGGGGCGAGGACGCGGCCGCCUGGACCUUGCUGGAGGAGUGUGGCCACGAGCCACAGGCGGGCGCCCCAGAGGUGUGCUGGGAGCCGCGGGCCCAGGGCCCCACGUGUGCGCUCUACGCCUCCCUGGCACUGCUGGCCGGGCUGAGCCAGCAGCCCUGCCAGCCGGCAAGCCUGGGCCAGCUCUCACAGGGCCUGGGAGCUGGCGGCACCCAGUAAACACGGUGUG